AUUGUAUAGCCAAAUUGAUUUUAGAUAUUUAUUCUUUUUGUUGCUAAGGCUCUCUCUCUUGCAAUUAAUGGUGACAAGCAUCCAGGAAUCUAGUGCUUUUGCUUGCUGAAAUGGUUAAGAAGUUAGAGAAAGGAAAGGGGUGAGGGGUUGGUGGUGGUAGGAGGAGAAGAAAUCAAGAAAGAGAAAAAUUAAAAUAAAAGAAAGGGAGAAGCAUGUGGGGUUGUGUUUCACUGAAAACCAGGGAGCACAAUUCAUAGUUUUCUUUUCUUUCUAUUCAGUGUAGAGUACCCUUUUUCAACCGAAUGUGCAGGGUCACACGUGUAAGCACCCAUCUUCUAUGCAUUCUCCGGCCCUUUUUUAGAAGAUUCAUACCUUUCACAUCAGCUACAUGAGCUUUGCUGUUUGGUGUGACUGGUGGAGUUGAUUUGUCCAUUGGAAUAAUACUUUUUUGCUGAACCUAGCUGCAAUCUCUCCUUCACUCACUUGCCUUGUUUUUUUUUCCCCUGGAUGUGAGUUGAAGAAGUGGAAUUGUAAGUUGUUGAAUGUUUUUUUAAGGAAACUAUUGUUUUAGUCACAUUUUGAAUCUGCACCCAUCAAUUUCACCGGGUAUUGCUGUUCCUCAAUUAUUGCACUGCCAAUGUACGAAGCCUAGUUGGUUCCCAAUUAUUGAAUCAUUUUGUGAUCUGUUUUAUCAGAAGUGGGUCUGUGCUUUUCCCCAUUUGUGUCCAUUGCAGAGGUGCCAGGGAAUCGGAUCUCACAGGAAUAAUGGGUGAGAAGGAGAUUUCUGUUUUGGAUAGAGUUGGGUGUGACACUGAAAGCAUGUAUCCCAUGUAUUUUGGUGUUUCUUGUGCAUUCUUUGCGCUCCAAGUCCUCACAGAACCGCAAGUUGAAGUUCAGAGAUGGUCUAAAAUCCGUGACACCAUGCUUCAAGGGAGUGCUCAGAUUUUGGGGUUGAUUGUGUGGAAAGUUCAGAAGGGAGUGCCAAAUGGGGGAGAGUGCAAACUCAGAAGUGCUGAGAGGGAAAUUGAAAAUCUGAAAAGGAUGAGGCAUGAGGAUGCCAAGGCCAAUGAGAAAGUUGUGGGAAUCUUUGCAGCACAAGAGCAAAGCUGGUUGAGUGAAAGGAGGAGGCUCCGCCAGCAGAUUGGGGCUCUAUUGAGUGAGUUGAGAGUUUUUGAGAAGAACAAGGGUGCUGCUAUUUCUGAACUGAAUCAGAAAUUGAGGGACAUGGAGGCUCUGGUGGAGUCAAGAGACAAGGAGAUUGAACAAGAGGAGAAGAAGAGGAAGGAGCUGGAAGAAAAACUCACCAAGGUUGAGAGGGAUGCUGAUGAAAUGAGAGAAUCUGCCAGGCGUGAAGCUCAAGAGCAUUCUUCUGAUCUUAGGAAGCACAAGACUGCUUUCAUUGAGUUGGUGUCAAACCAAAGGCAGCUUGAGGCUGAACUCGGUCGCGCCGUUAAGCAAGUGGAGGCUACUAGGCAAGAGCUUGCUUCUGUGAUGGAGAAGAAGGAGGAGUCAGAUUUGAUGGCACAGAAAUUGUCUUUGGAGAUUGCAAAGUUUCACAAGGAUUUGGAACAGAAGGAUAAAAUUUUGUCAGCGAUGUUGAGGAAGUCUAAGUUGGAUACUGCAGAGAAGCAAAUGCUGUUGAAGGAGGUUAAGUUGUCAAAGGCUAGGAGGAAGCAUGCAGAGCAGGAGACACAAAGGUGGAAGGCUGUUUCAGAAGGAAAACAUGAAAGACAUUCCUUGAAAAGCAUGUUGGUGAAUUUGAGUUCAAGGAUGGAUGUUUUCCCUGGUGCUACUAGAGGUAUGCAGCAUAGUUCCACAGGGUCCUCACACAUUGCAAAUGAACCAGACCAAUUUUCACCUUUUCCUGAUCACUAUUUGCAGCAAAGAAAUGGAGACGUGUCCAUUCCUGCUAAUGCUAAGCGUGUGGAAGAUUGGAUGAGAGCUGAGGCAGAAAGAUAUGCAACCUUGAUUGAACAGAGGCAUCACUUAGAGCUAGAUGCUUUUGCAGAACAAAUGCAACUAAAAGAUGAGAAAUUGGAGGCAUUUCGCUGGCAGUUGUUGAGAACAGAAUUAGAAGCCAAACAGCUGCAGGCACAUGUGGAGGGACUAGUCAAGGAUGUGACACAGCUAAGACAUGACAAGAUGAGAUUGGAGAGCUUACUGUUGGAGAGAGAAGAUGAACUGACUUCUCUGAAAGACCAAUUUGUAUCAAAACUGAGGCCCUUGAAAAAUAAUUCAAAUUUGCCUCCACAGUCUUCAGAACUAGCCCAAGAUGCUGUCUGGUCCAGAGUCAAGGUUGUCAAGAGAAAACCAGGAGAAAAAGUGCUAGAAAAGAUGGAAACUUUGGUUGAGGAAGAUUGUGAGAAGGAAGUACAUUGUCUGCCCCAUGAUCAGCUCGGCAGUGCUAAUUUACUAGUUCAAUCUCCAGAAAAUGAGAUUGAAGAAGAAAAGUGUCUUUCUAGGGAGGAUAGUCCGACUCCCAUGCAAAAUCAAAGUCCAUAUAAAAUGGAAGCUGAUGCUUCUGAAAAGAUAGCUUCUACCAGCCAGACCUUUAGUACAACAAAACAGCCCCUGUGGAAGAUGGAUCUUCAUGCUCUUGGAAUAUCUUACAAGAUCAAGAGGCUGAAGCAGCAACUUGUUCUUGUUGAAAGGUUAACAGGAAGACAAGCCAAUGAUGAACAAGCAGAAAUUACUGAUGAUAUCAAAGUUGGUAUGAAGGCUUAUCUGUCCUUGACCACUUUGCUUAAUAAACAAGUUGGAAGAUAUCAAUCCCUCCAAGAGAAGACUGAUGAUCUAUGCAAACGGAUGCACGAGAAUGACCUCUAUGCAAACCGUGGAGAUGUGAAUGUUGCAAGAGCUAAGGAGAAAACGUCAACACUGGAGCACUUCCUAGAGGAGACAUUUCAACUACAGAGGUACAUAGUUGCAACAGGACAAAAACUGAUGGAAAUUCAGUCCAAGAUUAUUUCUGGCUUUGUUGGAGUGGCAGAAGAGAUGGAGAAAAGUUCUGGCAUUGACAUGAACAGGUUUGCCGACAGUAUUAGAAAUCUGUUCCAUGAAGUUCAAAGAGGUCUAGAAGUUAGGACGGCUAGAAUUAUAGGAGACCUUGAGGGAACACUAGCUCGUGAAGGAAUGACAUGUUUGAGAAGGUAGCAACGGAUUCAUGUGGCUUAGAAUGCCCUUCAUGUGUUUAUUUUGUCUAUACUAUACUUGUCACUGUAGUUAAUAACAUCAAUUUGUAUACGGAUGUCACACAAAUUCCAAUGGAAUUGAAACUUCUAUCA